AUGAUUUUUAAUAUAAAGAAUUCUAUAAUCGAUUUUAGCGGCUUAUUUCCCACAUAUAGUGAAGGUUUUAGUUGGGAAUAUUAUAAACAUAAUGGUCAAGUGUUUAAUAACUAUAUACACUUGUGGAGUGAUAUUUACAAAGAAUUGGGGGAUGAUGAUAGAUAUACAGAUUUCUCUAGAUUUUGCACAAUGCUUGCUAUAUAUUUAAAUCAUAUAAGAACAAAAAAUAUAAAGAACAUUCAAUCCUGCUGUAAAUAUUUUUAUUACAAACUAAAUAAAUAUAUAAUAGAGAAAUUUUCUCCUAAAUGUAUAAAUCCUUAUGACUGUUAUAAAAAAAUGGCAGCAAAAAGAGUACAAAAAUUGUACAUAAGUAUUUCUGAAAUAUGCUUGAAAUCUAUUAAUUAUCCCCAAGAUAUUGAUGAAAGUAUAUUUCCAAUAUUUGUAAAGGUAGAUAACCUGUAUAAUGCUUUCACCAAAUUGAAUACGGUCAAACCUCCAAGCAAAAGUAAUCUUGAUGAUUUUAGAUGGAGUAUGAAGCAAUUAGAAACUCAUCAAAAUGAGUAUAACGAGACUUUUAUAAAAUUUCUUGCAGAUGUUAACAAUUUAUUCAUAAAUUUUGUGAAGGGAUUAGAUAUUAUUGACUUGGGAGUAGAAGGUGUCUUAUGUUAUAUCAAAAUGGAAGAGAGAGAAAAAGGAAUAUUGAAAAUAAAACAGAGUAUGUCUGUUCAGGAUUCAGUUACAGAAACAGCAACAAAUGCAGAUACAUAUAAAGAUGAAGAUAUUGGUGUAGGUACUGGUAUGGGAAUAGGUUUUUUAUCAUUUUCAAUUUUAAUAAUUUAUACCCCUUAUUUUUCAUUUUUACAAACAAGAGUAAGGAAAUUAAGAAGAGUGAUGAAAAAAAAUAACAUAUGUAAUCUGGAUCUUAUGCAUGCAUCUAAUGUUGAAUACAAAAAUUCAAUUGAUGAUACAUAUAAAAUAGUAUAA